AUGAACGCCAAGUGGCCGAAAGCUUGGGACCUAGUGAGUGGCACUGCAAUCAAGUCGGAGAGGGAUUUUGCCUCUGGGGGCUCGGGAACCGUGAACCAGAGGCGGCUUUGUCAGGCACUCAACGUGUUCUCUUCAUUUGCGAAUUGCCGGUUCCAAUCCGACAGGGCUGAACCAUACCAUGACCGUGCUUCUGUGUGUCCGGGCGUUGGAGUCACUUGGCCUGUUUAUCAUCCUGGUUCAUUUGGCGCUCAUUUAGCGGGGUCUCACUCCUCGGAUUGGAAGAUUUUGAUUCGAUUCCGUGCUUUCCGCCAUGGUAUCGGACCCAGAGCACCUGCCCCAAACAAGUCAUCGAUCUUCCACCCAUCCACACCAAACGGUACGACAGCUUGUAGACGCCCUGUAGGGCAGAGGGCCCGUCCACGCUGCUCCAGAAGCCCGCCUGUUUCGGUGGUUGUUGCAGUCCUGCGGUGGAGAAGCGCGACGUAUAACAUCUUCACCGGUUGUGCGGUAGAGAAUAACCGGGAGAAUAGGACGAACUUGGCAGUUAAAAAGGCAAAGGGGACCAGAGCGAUGCUGUUGGCUUUUAAACCCGGAGUGAUUAUUGUUAGAUUACGUCAGGGUCCAGUGACCGGCGGAAGCAGGUGA